AUGGCAAACCUAGUUCUAGUGUUGCUUCCCCUUUUCCUCAUUAUCAACAUCUCCUCCCUCCCUCUCCCUGCACGAGCUAUAUCCUCAUGCAACGGCCCAUGCAAAUCCCUCAACGAUUGCACCGGCCAACUCAUUUGCAUCGAGGGUAAGUGCAAUGAUGACCCUGAUCAGGUUGGAAACAACAUAUGCAAGAGCUCCCCGCCCCCUAAAGAUAACAACUGCCAGCCCUCAGGCACUAAGAAUUGCAAGGGAAAAUCUUUCUCUCAGUUCAAAUGCUCACCCCCCGUCACGUCCUCCACGCGAGCCCUUCUCACAAACAAUGAUUUCAGCGAAGGUGGGGAUGGCGGGGGUGCAUCCAGUUGCGAUGAAAGUUUCCAUGAAAACUCAGAGCGGGUAGUGGCACUAUCAACUGGAUGGUUUGAUGGGGGGUCACGCUGUGGGAAGAUGAUCAAAAUUAUGGCUAGUAAUGGGAGGAGUGUGGAAGCCAAGGUGGUAGAUGAGUGUGAUUCUGUGAAUGGGUGUGAUGCAGAGCAUGCAGGCCAGCCUCCAUGUAAGAAUAAUAUUGUUGAUGGAUCAGAUGCUGUGUGGAACGAUUUGGGACUGAAUAUAGACGAUGGUGUAGUGCCUGUUACUUGGUCUAUGGCCUAG